UGGAUGUGAGGCUAAAGCAUUGCUUGGCUUAUGUUCUCCAUACAUCAGGCACUACCGGGAUACCUAAGAUUGUCAGAGUCCCUCAUGCAUGUAUAGUGCCAAACAUCCAGCAUUUUCAGCAACGCCAACAUUGCUUAGAAGAUUUGGAUCUCAGCUUAUCAAGUCAACUGUUCUAUCAGCCAAUACUUCUCUUCGAGUAUUAGCCCUUGGUGGUGAAGCGUGUCCAUCAUUGACUGUUCUCAAAAGCUGGAGAGGAGUAGGCAAUAAAACACAAAUAUUUAAUAUUUAUGGUAUCACAGAGGUAUCAAGUUGGGCGACUUUUUACAGGAUUCCAGAGAAGAUUCUUAACUCUACUUUGAAAUGUGAAUUGCCUGUACAACUGGGAUUUCCACUGCUUGGAACGGUAGUUGAAGUCAGAGAUACUAAUGGUUUCAUCAUUCAGGAAGGCGAUGGCCAAGUAUUUUUAGGUGGCAGAAACAGAGUAUGUUUUCUUGAUGAUGAAAUGACUGUACCUCUUGGCACAAUGCGAGCCACAGGAGACUUUGUGACUAUGAAAAAUGGAGAGAUGUUUUUCUUGGGACGAAAGGACAGUCAGAUUAAACGUCAUGGCAAACGUCUUAACAUUGAACUUGUGCAACAGGUUGCUGAAGGUCUUCAGCAAGUGGAGUCUUGUGCAGUUACAUGGUAUAAUCAGGAAAAAUUAAUUCUGUUCAUGGUGUCCAAAAAUGAUUUAAUAAAGGAUUACAUCUUUAAAGAACUGCAGAAAUAUCUUCCAAGUCAUGCAAUCCCGGAUGAGCUUGUGUUGAUUGAUUCUCUACCAUUUACAUCUCACGGCAAAAUUGAUGUUUCUGAGUUAAACAAGAUUUAUUUAAACUACAUAAACUUGAAGUCUGAGUGUAAGCUCAAUGGAAAAGAGGAACUUUGGGAAAAAUUACAGCAUUUCUGGAAGUCUAUUCUGAGUCUCUCAGAAGAUCCUUUGAAGAUUCCUGGUGAUUCGCUCUUCUUAAAUAGUGGUGGAGAUUCCUUAAAGUCCAUACGACUCCUCGAUGAGAUUGAAAAACUUGUUGGCACAUCAGUACCGGGGCUUUUGGAAAUUAUUCUUAACAGUUCCAUUUUAGAGAUUUAUAAUCACAUCCUUCAAGCAGUGUUUCCAGAUGAAGAUCUGACAUUUAGCAAGAAUUAUGCCACAAAAAGAAAAUUUAACGAUGUUAGUCAAGAGGAGACCAGUGGAAAAUCUUUACAUCAGAACUCUGUCAUGCCUUUAAAUUGUGACAACAAGAUAAAUGCUUUUAUUGCACUGAGCAGAGGGAGUCAGAUUUUGUCUCUGAAUACUACUAGGCUUUUAACCAAAUUAGGACAUUGCCCUUCAGCCUGUUCUUCUGAUUUAAUUUCACAGACUAACAUUCAAAACAUGGAAAGCUUAAAUCCUCCAGCUUUUAUUGUGAAGUCAAAAGAUCCAUCCUGUGUUGCAGAAGUUUCUGAAGAGGGAACACCUGUGAUAGAGGAUGAGAAAAUGGAGUUACGUGUGAGGUGGAUGUCAGAUACAGGCAAAUGUGUAGAUGCUUCACCUCUGGUUCUAAUACCAGCUGUUGAUAAGUCAUCUGCAACUGUGUACGUUGGCUCCCAUUCUUGUAGAAUGAUGGCAGUUGACCUUUACUCUGGGAAGGUGAAAUGGGAGCAGAUUUUGGGAGAUCGAAUUGAAUCCUCAGCAUGUGUAUCUAAGUGUGGAAACUUUAUUGUAGUGGGCUGUUAUAACGGGUUAGUUUAUGUUCUAAAAAGUAAUAGUGGAGAAAAAUACUGGACAUUUACUACUGAGGAUGCUGUCAAAAGCUCGGCAACCAUGGAUCCGACCACAGGACUCCUUUAUAUUGGAUCUCAUGACCAGCAUGCAUAUGCUUUGGAUAUUUAUGAAAAGAAGUGUGUUUGGAAGUUAAAAUGUGGAGGAACUGUCUUUUCUUCUCCUUGUUUGAGCCUGAUUCCACAUCACUUGUAUUUUGCUACACUGGGAGGACUUUUACUGGCUGUAAAUCCUGCUACUGGAAACAGAGUCUGGAAACAUUCCUGUGGAAAACCACUCUUCUCUUCUCCACGGUGUUGCCUACAGUAUAUUUGCAUUGGCUGUGUAGAUGGGAAGUUACUCUGCUUUACUCACUUUGGUGAACAGGUUUGGCAUUUCUGUACCAGUGAACCAAUCUUUUCAUCCCCGUGUACCUCAGCAUCAGAGCAAGAAAUAUUUUUUGGUUCCCAUGAUUGCUUUAUCUACUGUUGUAAUCUGAAAGGUCACCUACAAUGGAAAUUUGAAACUACUUCAAGGGUGUAUUCAACACCAUUUGCUUUCCAUAACCCCAAUCAUAGUGAUGAAAUGUUGCUUGCAGCAGCAUCUACUGAUGGGAAACUGUGGAUCUUGGAAUCUAAGAGUGGGCAAUUGCAAAGUGUAUAUGAACUUCCUGGAGAAGUCUUUUCUUCUCCUGUGGUAUGGGAAUCAAUGCUUAUUAUUGGAUGUAGAAAUAAUUAUGUUUAUUGUUUGGAUUUAUUGGGUGGCAAUCAAAAAUAAUCAAGUGCAGUCCUUGUUAGAAUAUAUCUGUGAGAUGUUUGCAUAUAUUUUACCAUUAUAGAGCAUAUGAAUAUGCUUAUUUUAUAU